UUGUACUCUGCUGUUUUAUGAGACCUAUGGAAGGAACUCCAUGGAGCAGAGCAGCUUGCCUCGAUAUGCCCUGUUUGCAGAAGACAGUAUAGUUCAGUCUGUUCCAGAACAUCCCAAGAAAGAAAAUGUGUUCUGUCUCAGCAAUUCUUUUGGAGAUGUCUACCUAUUUCAGGCAACAAGCCAGACGGAUCUGGAAAACUGGGUUACUGCCAUACAUUCAGCCUGUGCUUCCCUCUUUGCAAAGAAGCUUGGGAAAGAGGACACUGUUAGGCUGCUGAAAAAUCAAACCAAGAGUCUCUUCCAGAAGAUUGACAUGGAUAGCAAGAUGAAAAAGAUGGCAGAGUUGCAGCUCUCAAUUGUCAGCGAUCCAAAAAACAGGAAGGCCAUAGAGAAUCAGAUCCAGCAAUGGGAACAGAACCUGGAAAAAUUUAACAUGGACCUUUUCCGAAUGCGAUGUUACCUAGCCAGUUUGCAAGGUGGGGAGCUCCCAAACCCAAAGAGCCUUUUAGCUGCUGCCAGUCGUCCUUCAAAACUGGCACUGGGGAGGCUCGGCAUUUUCUCAGUCUCAUCCUUUCACGCACUGAUCUGCUCCAGGGAUGAAGCUGCUCUCAGGAAACGUACCCUAUCUCUGUCACAAAGGGUCCGAAAUAAGAAGGGUUUAUUUUCUUCGCUGAAAGGACUGGACACGUUGGCAAGAAAAGGAAAAGAAAAGCGACCUUCCAUAACUCAGCAGCAAGUGGAUGACUUUUUAAAUGUCUACUGCUCAGUGCCAGAGAGCAUGCAGAAGGAGAGUGCUUGGGAAACACAAACUUACAUUCACUUCUGUGAUGGACAAGGAGUGGCGCUGACCCUCAAGCCAGAGCACAGGGUGGAAGAUGUUUUGUCUUUGGCGUGCAAG